CCUCCGCGCACGGGGUGCCCGCCAGCGCCGCCUCAGGGGCUGUCCGACGGGCGCGCGGCGCGAGAGGCGGAGCCUUGGCGCGGGGGCGGGGCGGCGCCUGGGGUCAGCUGACCCAGCAGUGGAGGCAGAACCCAGACACCCAGAAACCCGGCCGGGCGGCGGAUCUGGACGAGGUGAGCCGGUUUGGGGCUGGGGGCGGGUACCAGCGGGUCGAGGCUCGGGUGCCUCCCUGCCACAUCUUCACAGCGCCCCCUCCAGCCGCUGGACCGGCCUGGAGCUCCCGUUCUCGCCUUUGGAGCGCAGGAUCCUAGAGCCCUCGCCUGCCUCAGCGCCCAGCACCCUCCCGCCCCCCUCGCAGGAUGGUCUGGAAGAAACUGGGCUCCGGCAACUUCUCCAGCUGCCCCAAUGGCUCGCAGUGGAUAUGGGACGUGUUUGGUGAAUGUGCCCAGGACGGCUGGGACGAGGCCAGUGUGGGCCUGGGCUUGAUCUCCAUUCUCUGCUUCGCCUCGUCCACUUUCCCGCAGUACAUCAAGGCCUGCAAGACGGGCAACAUGGACCAGGCCCUGUCCCUGUGGUUUCUCCUGGGCUGGAUUGGUGGAGACUCCUGCAACCUCAUCGGCUCUUUCCUUGCUGACCAGCUGCCCCUGCAGACCUACACGGCGGUGUAUUACGUCUUGGCAGACCUGGUGAUGCUGUCCCUUUACUUUCACUACAAGUUUAAGAACCGCCCCUCUCCGUUGUCUGCCCCCAUCAACUCCUUGCUCUUGUUCAGCCUGGGACUGGUGUGUACCACCCCGCUGCUGAGCAGCACUGCCUCCGUGGAUGCCCCGAGGGAGGUCUUCCCGGGCCGGAAGCUCCUGUCUGUGGAGCCAGGCAAUAAGCCCUUCACUCAGCAGGAGGUCAUUGGUUUUGUCAUCGGCUCCAUCUCCAGCGUACUGUACCUGUUCUCCCGGCUGCCUCAGAUCCACACCAAUUUCCUGCGGAAGUCCACCCAGGGCAUCUCCUACUCGCUGUUCGCCUUGGUGAUGCUGGGGAACACGCUGUACGGGAUGAGUGUGCUGCUCAAGAACCCCGAGGAGGGCCAGAGCGAGGGCAGCUACGUGCUGCACCACCUGCCCUGGCUCGUGGGCAGCCUGGGCGUGCUGCUGCUCGACACCAUCAUCUCCAUCCAGUUCCUGGUGUACAGGAACGCCGCCACGUCCUCAGAGCACCAGCCCCUCCUCCCCGGCUGACAGGACCCAGGCCAAGCCCAGGUGACCGGGACCUCCAGAUACCACUCAGGAAGAGGGAGGUGUGGGCAGUCACAGUGCCGAGGACCCUGGACUAGGCUGUGGAGGAAGCCAGGGUCGGGGCCUAGUGCUCCUGACCCAGCUGCCUACCCCCACACCUGCUGGGCUGACUCUUCCAGGAGCCAGACGGCCCCUAGGGCCAGCCUGCCCCUCCCACUCGGAACUCAACCCCCGGGGUCUGAGGCAGCUGCCCUGGGAGCUUUGAUGGAGGGGCUGCAGCGGGGACCUCACCCCUGAAAAAACAGUGCAGCUGCCCCUCGCUCACCUACCUCAUUCUGCUGCUCACCCCGGAGUGACACAGCCGUGGCCUGGUGUGCCCAGACUGUCCUGUGGACUGCACCAGCCUAGUAAACCGUACUUCCCAGCGAGGCUGUUCUGUCGCUCCUUCCCAAGAUGCCGGGGUCUGGGCUGCUCUGAGCAGCAGUGGAGGGAGAUUUGGGCCCCACCUUCCAGGGCCAGAGGAUCAGCUGUCGGGGAGCCAAGCAAGAGGGGACCGAGUCUGCGGCUCGCCUCCCGGUGGCCUCAUUUCUUCAACCUGCUUCUCGGUGACAGGCUCCACCCCUGGUGGUGGGACCAGCAAGAGUCCCUGCACCUCAGGGCUCAGGAGGAAGCACAACAGUUAAGUUUCAGAUCUCGGUUCUGCAUCUUAGCUUUUCCUCAGUGACUUUGAACUGUGAAAUGGGAUGACAGUAUUACCACGUCGUAUGUCCUUAUGAGAUGGUGUAAUUAUGGAGGUUAGCCCAACGUCUGGCACGUAGUAAGAGUUCCAUACAGGUUAGCUUUGAUCAUUUUUAGUUGGAGGAGAGGGACAACCAGAUCUCCCUGGAGAUCCGGGAGACCUUCCUGGAGGAAGCAGCAUGGCAGAAGGAUGAGCAGGGGAUAAACGGGGAAAGGUGGGAGUGUUGCUGGCCAGAGGAAAAGAAGGCGCAAGAGCGGGUGGGAAGGGAGGAGAGGAAGGCAGGGCUCAGUUUGUCUCCCGGAUUCUGUUCUGAGUUCACUUCCUUGUUGGCAACGACCCUGUGGGUACCUGAGAACAGCCAGCUUCCCUCUGCUCUUGCCCUCACACCCUGCUCCAGGGUCCCAGCUUGUGGGAGCCAUCCAGGCAGGCUGGGAUGGAGGCCGUCCCUCAGCCUUUCUUUUGGAAUCUUCCUCUUCCAGCCCCAGAGAAAGCACGGAGCUGAAAAAGGGGACA